AUCCAUCUUUGUUUUCUGAUGUGCAUGACAAGAAACUGCUGUGCUCCUAACACCUGUUGGCAUGUGUUUGCUGUGUGUUUGAAGUCAAGGUGCUUCCCCUGCCUUGGUGACAUAGUGAUGACUGGCUCCUGAAUAUUAACCCAUUGCAACAUGAACACAUGUGUAUGAAUGAAAUAUACUCUGUACGUAAUCAUGUUACAAACAGUCUGAUUGAUUGGAUUUGGCUGAACAAAGCAGGUGAAGUAAAGAUACUUUCUGCCUUUACUAACAGCAGUUUUUGUGUACUGUCAAAGUAUGAAUAACAAACAAAGGUUUUUCCGUUGCAGCAGCCGGGCGUUCACCUCCCAGCCGUCUUUGAUCCUGCAUUGAUGGCCCAGCUCAACGCAGCCUCCGAACGGGUGUUGGGACAGAUGAAGUAUCCAGCACUUCAUCUCUCGAGCACCGACACUGGAGAAAAGUUUGGCCUGCAGUACGUUGAGCCUGGUUGCCGCCCAGUUCCUGUGGACUGGGACAAGCACAGGACCAAGUCGGACUCUGCCCCCCCGGCCCUGAAUCCACCUCCUCAAAGCAGCGUGCCUACUGUCCAGUCAUCCUCACUCUUCAUGGCACCACAGAAGCUGUUCCAGUUUCCUCCACGCCCUCCUGUGGAUUCUGCUGCUGUCAAACCAGACGUGACUCCCGGGCCUCCGACAGAUCCAAAAACAUGUCGGCCGUCUCUGCCGCUGCUGUCCUCGCCGACUGCCGCUCGCACUGGACCUGUGAAGACAGGGAGAGGGUUUGUGUUGGACCACAAGCGGUGGCGGCCCCAUGAAGGCAACUAUUGA